AUGGUGAUGGGUUCCACCCUUCAGUGGUUGACAGCUAUUCAUAUACUGACUUUUCAACACAUAUCAUGCCUACUUACAGAUAAUUUUAUUAGCUAUCCUCCUAAUAGUUCUGUCCUUGGAGUCGUUGGAGAAGGAGUGGUUCUGCCUUGCUAUGUGGUAGCAGAGAACAUUCCUGGGAUAUUCUCUGUCCAAUGGAUAUUUAAUGAACAAUCUCAAAAAAUACCUGUGAGCACAUAUGAUGGAAAAACUCAAAAGGAAAAGCAAGAUGAGAGAUAUCAAGGCAGAACAGAAUUCUUUCAUAGUGAGUUUGGGGCUGGAAACAUGUCUCUGCUCUUGAAGAACAUCAGGAGUUCUGACAAAGGAUCAUAUACUUGCGUGGUCUCUUUCAAUGAUGAGUACCAUGAUGCGUCAAUUGAACUGAAAGUAGCAGCUAAAGGUGGUGUGCCUUCCAUUUCCCUGAGAAGUUACAUGAAACAGAACAUUGGCCUCACCUGCCAUGCAGAUGGAUGGUUUCCUAAACCCAAGGUGAUUUGGCUGGAUGGCCAAGGACAGGUCCGGAAGGAACAAUCGACCACAAAGAUGGUGAUGAUGCCUUCAGGUCUUUACAGAGUCAUAACUUCCAUGAGCCUAAAGCCUGGAUCUGACAUGGAAGUAUCCUGCAGGAUAGUCAAUAAUCUGCUAAAGACAACGAGUGAGUCCAGAAUUCUGAUUUCAGAGAUUUUCUUUCCCUCCAUUUCAAAAUGGCUGAUUGUCUACCUGGUAAUUUUAUGUUUUAUCACGGUCCUAAUCUCCACUGUAUUUUGUAAACUGAGGAGUAACCACAAGAAAACAAUUAAAUCAGUAAAAAUGAAGACAAAGAUGGAAGAAGAAAACGAACAACUAAAGUCAAUGUUAGAACAAGAGAAAGCCACAAAUCGAAGAGCAAAAUCAAAACUCAAAGAACGCUUUGGUAAACUGAAAGCUGAGCUGGAUUUCUGGGAAGCCCGGAGCCAUGCAGUUUUCAUUGCUGUGAAUCCUGAUUGCCGAGUCCUAGAGCUCCCAGUGCCAGGGGCUCCAAAAGUUGAGGACACCUCAUCUGAGCCUGCUGGCCUGAACAGUCCCUCCACAGUCCCUGUCCUGGUGGGGAAGGAAGGGUUUACAGCUGGGAAACACUACUGGGAGGUGGAGGUGGGCCAGCAGCAGGACUGGGUGCUGGGGGUUGUGAGGGAGAAAGAGAGGCAAGAGGAGGAAGGGACAAAUGCUGGGGAGGACUUCUGGGCUCUGCACAGAUCCCAGGGGGAGUUAUUCGCUAGUAAAGGAAACAGAAGGAUUGAGAAGAAGAAUAUGAGUUGCUCAGUGAUUGGUGUGCUUCUGGACUUGGAGGAAGCACAAGUCAAAUUUUAUAAUACAGAGCAGAUGAAUAUCAUAGUGAAAAUCCCUAUAAGCCUUGGAAAGGAACCUGCAGAAAGGUUUUACCCAUUUUUACCUAAAAGAGAAGAAGGGGUAGUCACACCUGUUAUCUGCCCAGUCUUAAUCCCUGUCCCUUUGGAGAAACUGUAG